UCCAGUCGUGUGCACCAACUCCGAACUUCACAAAAUUUCCGCGCCUUUUCCACGCCAGCUAGUAAGCUCCCGUUCCCCGUCAUCCAUAGCUCGAUCUAGAAACCCUAAUAAUCCGAGAAGAUGUGAAAAUGCCGAUCACAGAGGAGCAGAGACAGAGAGCAGAAGCGAACCGAUUGGCGGCUUUAGCAAAGAGAAAAGCAUUCACGGAAUCAAUCACCAACCGACCACAACAACAAGACCAAAAUAAUCCAUGGAGGCUCUUCAAGUGCCGAAAGCUCACUCCCGAGCUCACUUCUACUACCAUUUUCCCCAAUUCGAAUGCUCAUUUGGAGCAAAAGUUCCUGGUCCGGCUCGAAAUAUGCUCUCCUGACUCGUUCUCUGUCACGCCGGAGGCUUUACAAGGGUUUGCCUAUCCGGGCGAAGAGGAGUGCUUAAGGAGAUUAAACUGUUGCUUAUCCGAUAUAAUGCCAUCACACUACACGCAGAAUCACGGAGGUGGAAAGGCCUGUGUUUAUAAGCUUAGAGAGUAUGAUGAAGUUUUUUCCUGUUUAAAGAAUUCCAAGGGCAUUGAAAUUCAGAAGAUACCUUUUGGCACACUAAAUGUCAUCCAAAGACUUGCACAUUCCUUUGAGACUGGGCGAUGGGAACCCCUCAGGCCUGAACAUUUGAAUGAUGAAGAGGUUGAUGAAUUGAUGGGGAAACUGCCAAGAAAGAUAUUGGAUGUGCUGUUGCCCUUCCAAGUGGAUGGUUUAAGAUUUGGUUUGAGAAGGGGUGGUCGCUGUCUUAUUGCAGAUGAAAUGGGUCUUGGAAAAACACUCCAGGCAAUAGCUAUUGCAGGUUGUUUCAUGAGUGAAGGUCCCAUACUUGUUGUUUGCCCUGCCAUUUUGCGGUUUUCAUGGGCAGAAGAAAUAGAGCGAUGGCUGCCCUCUUGUUUACCUUCUGAGAUCCACCUUGUUUUUGGCCAUCAAAAUAAUCCUGCAUAUCUAACAAAAUGCCCAAGAGUUGUGGUUAUUUCUUAUACAAUGCUUUAUCACUUGAGAAAGAGCAUGAUUGAGAGACAAUGGGCUCUCUUGAUAGUUGAUGAAUCUCACCAUGUCCGUUGUUCAAAGAAGAAGUCAGAAUCAAAUGAGAUAAAAGCUGUUCUUGAAGUGGCUGCUAAGGUCAAACGCGUAGUUCUUUUAUCUGGGACACCUUCUUUAUCCAGGCCAUACGACAUUUUUCAUCAGAUAAAUAUGUUAUGGCCUGGUUUACUGGGACAGAGCAAGUAUGAUUUUGCGAAAACCUACUGUGCAGUUAAACGUGUCCAGACUUCUGAAGGAAAACACUUCCAGGAUUUUUCGAAGGGCAUUCGCUUGGAGGAAUUGAACAUGUUACUUAGACAAACUGUUAUGAUAAGACGUUUGAAGAAGCAUGUGAUGGAGCAAUUGCCACCAAAACGUCGAAAAAUCAUAAGAUUGUCAUUGAAGAGAUCAGACAUAGUCUUAGCAAAGACUGCUGUUGGGACUCUGACUGAUGAUGCUUCUAAAGAUAGUGAGGCUAUUUGCAAGUCAAGCCAACUUUCUUAUCAAGAACUUGGUAUCGCAAAACUGUCUGGGUUUUGUGAAUGGCUUUCCAUUCAGCCUCUCAUUUCAGAGUCAGAUGGGGCAGCGGAAUUGGAUGUAAACACCAAUUCUCAGAAAAUGAUAAUUUUUGCCCAUCACCAUAAAGUCCUUGAUGGAGUGCAGGAGCUCAUGUGUGAGAAAGGGGUUUGUUUUGUCCGGAUUGAUGGAAAUACACUUGCCAGAGAUAGGCAAUCAGCUGUACUUUCAUUCCAAUCUUCAAACGAGGUUAAGAUUGCAAUAAUUGGUAUAACUGCUGGGGGUGUUGGACUUGAUUUCUCUUCAGCUCAAAAUGUCGUGUUCUUGGAGCUGCCUCAGUCUCCAUCACUGAUGCUUCAGGCUGAAGAUAGAGCUCAUAGGCGUGGGCAGACGAAUGCAGUUAACAUAUACAUCUUUUGCGCAAAGGACACUAUGGAUGAAAGACACUGGCAAUACUUAAACAAGAGUCUACAUCGAGUUUCAUCAACUACAAAUGGAAAAUAUGAUGCAGUACCCGGAAUAGCAGUUGAUGGUAUUUCCUAUCUAGAAACAAUUGGUAAAAGUGAGCAAGUUCUCGAUGCCGAAUAUGGCAACCUUUCUACCACAGAGCUGAGGAAAUUAACAGAUUUUGGCUCAGCACAGGCUAUACAACCUUUAGAAAGCCAUGAUGAAGCAGCUGGAAUGAUAAAUGAUAGAUCCCGAGAACAAUCUAGCUCUGUUGACAGUGCUUCAGUUCAAGCGGAUAAUUUUCAUCUUAAUGUAGAGAAGGCUAGUGGUAUUCUUGAUCAAGAAACAAUUGGUAAAAGUGAGCAAGUUCUCGAUGCAGAAUAUGGCAACCUUUCUACCACAGAGCUGAGGAAAUUAACAGAUUUUGGCUCAGCACAGGCUAUACAACCUUUAGAAAGCCAUGAUGAAGCAGCUGGAAUGAUAAAUGAUAGAUCCCGAGAACAAUCUAGCUCUGUUGACAGUGCUUCAGUUCAAGCGGAUAAUUUUCAUCUUAAUGUAGAGAAGGCUAGUGGUAUUCUUGAUCAAGAACUGUACAAUUAUUUUGUUGCAAAUGAAAACCCGGAGAGAAAUGUUUCUGAAAAUGAAAUUGGUAGUCAUAGCGGGGUUUCUUCUUCUAUCUUGGAUGAGGGAAAUGGAGGCAAGCAUCAGUUAGAAAAGGAACAAAAAAAUUAUUCUCGAACAACAGAAAUAGACAACUUUAGAUCUAUUCAGGAAGAUGGUGUACCUUUCUCCAACCAAGUAUACUCUCUGCGCUUUGAGGUGAGUAAAUAUACUGGGAGGAUUCACUUGUAUUCCUGCAUUCCAGGGACAGACUCAAGACCACAACCAUUGUUUGAAAAUUUCCGUCCAGAGGAACUUGAGUCACUUAAUUCUUCGGUAGCCGAUGAUGACAAGGAAAUAACUUCUAGAUCUUUGAAGGUCAACCCAGCAUAUAGACAUGCUCUUCUUGCAUUCAUUAACGAAUGGAAUAAACUAAGGCCCAUUGAGAGAAGGAAAUUAGUUGGAAAGAGUUUGCAGCUUCCUCUAGAUAUCGAGUUGUCAUACUUGAAUGAAAAUAUUAACCACAGCACUGAGGGACUGCUGAAGGGAGGAAGCAAGCGACGCAUGACUCCAUGGCAUGAGAUUAGCUACCCUUUACCAUCCAAUGCUGAUUGGAAAAAGGUAAAUUUAUCUGGUAGCUAUGGAAAGAAAGAAAAACAAUAUACGCAGGGUUGGACCCUAAUGGAUGAGCCACUGUGUAAACUCUGUCAAACGCCAUGCAAGGGCAUCAAUGCCAAGACACCUGAAUUUUUUGAGGAUCUUUUCUGUAACCUUAGCUGCUAUGAAGAAUAUCGUGUGAGGACUAGUAGCAGGUCCCUUCGUCAGGAACUUUUUCAAAUAGAACAUGGGGUUUGCAUGAAUUGUAAGUUAGACUGUCAUCAACUUGUGAAGACAAUCAAACCUUUGUCAUUGGAGAGGCGAAGAGAAUAUAUAGUGAAAGUAGCACCAAAUUUGGCAAGUCGGAAGAAAUUCAUUGAUAAGCUUGUGAAUAAUCCAUCUGAAGGCAAUGCGUGGCACGCAGACCACAUUAUUCCUGUCUACCGAGGUGGAGGUGAAUGCAGGUUAGAGAACAUGAGGACUCUUUGUGUUGCCUGCCAUUAUGAUGUUACUGCAGCACAACGUGCCGAACGACUUGUAAUGAGGUCCAAGGCCAAGGAACAGCUCAAAGUCAUCAUGCGUGAACUCAAAUAUAACCAGAACAUGGUGGAGAUUGACAGUGAUUCUAAGGGCCUAGGACAUUCUGACGUGCAAGAGGAUGAAACUGAAGAUGAACUUUUAGUCAAAGUUCCUGGAAGUGCCUAUUCUGCAGAACAGGACGCUGAUCCUGAAGGCGAAGAAUUGAAUACAUCUUCGAAAAUGGAAGAUUGAUUAGAAAUACAGUGAAGAAGAAUCUGCAUACAGUAGUAUCAAGUUCAUAUAUGCGGCACGAUAAUUCAACCUCUGUUUUACAAAAGUUUGUCUCCUUUAGCAUGCAAAUUGAGGCAGUACAGGUUUGAAGCCAUGGCUUGUAAAAUUGGAGUAGAACCAUAUUUAGCUAAACAAAGAUUUUCACAA